CGGAGUUGGUGCGGCGCGCGGCGGCUCUCGGCUAGCAAAGAGAACCUCCAGGCCAACCCGCACCCGAGCGCCGUGCGUAACAGCACUCAUAAAGCCGUGCCGCCCCUCCGCAUGCCUCCGCCAACCGCCGGUGGCAUCAACGAGCCGCAGGAGUGUCCCUACUGCCGCCGGACAUUCUCUUGUUACUAUUCAUUGAAACGACAUUUCCAAGACAAGCACGAGCAGUCGGACACGCUGUACGUGUGCGAGUUCUGCCACCGCCGGUACCGCACCAAGAACUCGCUCACCACGCACAAGAGCCUGCAGCACCGCGGCUCCAGCGGCAUGCUCAAGCGGCUGCUCAAGACCUCAGCACUGCACGGCGCCCUCGCGCCCGCGCCGCACCACCUCUUCGAUCUGGCCGCCGGCGACCAGCUGCCGCCCGGCCUGCAAUGACCGCAGACCAUGGCCUGAACCGCGGCCGACUCCGCCGCUCACGCUGCCCACGCCGCUCGCGGCGCCCACGCGCUCGCUUUCCGAUACCCUCGCCUCGCCGCGCCGCGAGGGUCUCUGAAACGCGCUACUGGACUCGGACAAGAAAGGGAUAGCAUAUAUGUGCAAUAUACGGACAAUGCCAAAACUAUGCAGGAUGAUGAUGCAUUCUAAUGUUUAGUUGUGUAUUAUAAAAGUAGUAAAAUAUUGACUUUAGUUGUAAAAUUACAUGAACAGUAUUCGUGCCCGGCCGCCGCGCCGCCGCGCCGCCGGCCCCAGUCGCCAGUGCGGACCGCCGCGACCGUCGCGACGUGCGGACUUCGUUCCGCGGACGACUCACGAGGUUCGGCCAUUUUCUUGAGGAAAAGUUCAGUGUUCAAAAUGACAAUGUAAAUCAGAGCAAUACUAAAGUAUUAAUAUUUCUAGUACUGCCAAAAUAAU